GCAGCCGCCGGCAGAGGAGACCUCAGCAUCAUCUAGAGCCCAGCGCUGGCCCUGCCUGCGUCUGCCCCGCCGCCGCCGCCGCCGUUUCUGUGCCUGAAACUGUCUCACCUAAACAACUCCCGUUACACGGACAAGUGAACCUCUGUGGCCGUCUUCUCCUCCUCCUCUUCCUCCUCCUCUUCCAAUUCUUUCUCCUCCUCCCACUUCCCAGCCGCAGCAGGAAGCCCCUAACCCAACUGACCCUGGCACAACUGCAAACGGUGUCAUCUGCACAACUUUAUCUCGGUCCUCGGACUUCCCUAAGGCAUUGGGCCCGUCGCCUUGUCUUCUAUUUUUUUGCAAAGUUGCAUCGCUUUUCAUCUUUCCGCCCCCGGCACCACUCUCUGCCUCUCGAGUGUCCCCCGCAGCCUCCUCCUGGCGCUGCGCCCUAGUGCCCCUGGUGGGCAGUGGCGUUCCCCCCCGUCCUCCCGCGCCGAGCCCCUGCCGCUCGGGGCAGACGAUGCUGAAGAUGCUCUCCUUUAAGCUGCUGCUCCUGGCCAUGGCUCUGGGCUUCUUUGAAGGAGAUGCUAAGUUUGGGGAAAAAAUCGAAGGGAGCGGAGCGCGGAGGAGAAGGUGCCUGAAUGGGAACCCCCCGAAGCGCCUGAAAAGGAGAGAUAGGCGGAUGAUGUCCCAGCUGGAGCUGCUGAGUGGGGGAGAGAUGCUGUGCAGUGGCUUCUACCCUCGGCUGUCCUGCUGCCUGCGAAGUGACAGCCCGGGGUUGGGGCGCCUGGAUAACAAGAUAUUUUCUGUUACCAACAACACAGAAUGUGGGAAGUUACUGGAGGAAAUCAAAUGUGCGCUUUGCUCUCCACAUUCUCAGAGCCUGUUCAACUCACCUGAAAGAGAAGCCUUGGAAAGAGACCUUGUACUUCCUCUGCUCUGCAAAGACUAUUGCAAAGAAUUCUUUUACACUUGCCAAGGCCAUAUUCCAGGUUUCCUCCAAACUACUGCUGAUGAGUUUUGCUUUUACUAUGCAAGAAAAGAUGGUGGGUUGUGCUUUCCAGAUUUUCCAAGAAAACAAAUCAGAGGACCAGCAUCUAACUACUUGGACCAGAUGGAAGAAUAUGACAAAGUGGAAGAGAUCAGCAGAAAGCACAAACACAACUGCUACUGUAUCCGGGAGGUGGUGAGUGGGCUGCGGCAGCCCGUGGGCGCCCUGCACAGUGGGGACGGCUCGCACCGGCUCUUCAUUCUGGAAAAAGAAGGUUAUGUGAAGAUACUUACCCCUGAAGGAGAAAUUUUCAAGGAGCCUUAUUUGGACAUUCACAAACUUGUUCAAAGUGGAAUAAAGGGAGGAGAUGAAAGAGGUCUGCUAAGCCUUGCAUUCCAUCCCAAUUACAAGAAAAAUGGAAAGCUGUAUGUGUCUUAUACCACCAACCAAGAACGGUGGGCUAUCGGGCCUCAUGACCACAUUCUCCGAGUUGUGGAAUACACAGUAUCCAGAAAAAAUCCCCAUCAAGUUGAUUUGAGAACAGCCAGAGUAUUUCUUGAAGUUGCAGAACUCCACAGAAAGCAUCUAGGAGGGCAGCUGCUCUUUGGCCCUGAGGGCUUUUUGUACAUCAUUCUCGGUGAUGGCAUGAUCACACUGGAUGACAUGGAAGAAAUGGAUGGGUUAAGUGACUUCACAGGGUCGGUGCUCCGGCUGGACGUGGACACAGAUAUGUGCAACGUGCCUUACUCCAUACCCAGGAGUAACCCACACUUCAACAGCACCAACCAGCCCCCGGAAGUGUUUGCGCACGGCCUGCACGAUCCAGGCAGAUGUGCUGUGGAUCGACAUCCCACUGAUAUAAACAUCAAUUUAACAAUACUUUGUUCAGACUCCAAUGGAAAGAACAGAUCUUCAGCCAGAAUCCUACAGAUAAUGAAGGGGAAAGAUUAUGAAAGUGAGCCAUCGCUUUUAGAAUUCAAGCCGUUCAGUAAUGGUCCUUUGGUGGGUGGAUUUGUUUACCGCGGCUGCCAGUCGGAAAGACUGUAUGGAAGCUAUGUGUUUGGAGAUCGUAAUGGGAAUUUCUUAACCCUCCAGCAAAGUCCGGUGAGCAAGCAAUGGCAAGAAAAACCACUCUGUCUCGGCAACAGUGGUUCCUGUAGAGGUUACUUUUCAGGUCACAUCUUGGGAUUUGGAGAAGAUGAAUUAGGUGAAGUUUACAUUCUAUCAAGUAGUAAAAGUAUGACCCAGACUUACAAUGGAAAACUCUACAAAAUUGUAGAUCCCAAAAGACCUCUCAUGCCUGAGGAAUGCAGAGCCGUGGUACAACCCGCACAGACACUGACUUCGGAAUGCUCCCGGCUCUGUCGGAAUGGUUACUGUACCCCCACGGGCAAGUGCUGCUGCACUCCAGGAUGGGAAGGGGACUUCUGCAGAAUCGCAAAAUGUGACCCAGCAUGUCGUCACGGAGGUGUCUGUGUUCGACCAAACAAGUGCCUCUGUAAAAAAGGAUAUCUUGGUCCUCAGUGUGAGCAAGUGGACAGAAACACCCGCAGAGUGGCCAGGGCAGGUAUUCUUGAUCAGAUCAUUGACAUGACAUCUUAUUUGCUGGAUCUAACAAGUUACAUUGUAUAGUUUCUGAGACUGUUUGAAUAUUCCUUUCCAAUGGGCAUUUAUUUUUUAUCCUGUCAUUAAAAAGAAAGACUGUUAUCCUGCUACACACUUCCUGUGAUUUCAUUUUCUUUUAUUAAUUUAAAAAGAAUUUCCAGAAAUGUGCAGAUCCUGUGUGUGUAUGUUGGCACGUUUGUUCACAUAUGCACAUACACACACACACUCACAACCCCUAUUCGUGUGGUUGCAUAACAUAUGGGUUUUAAAUAUAUAUAUGUAUUUCCUUGUGUGGCAUAAUUUACACAGAAAUUCCAUUGUAAAUUGAUAACGGGAUUUUUAUGUCAUCAGAAGAGAUUAUCUGACUUCCCAGGAAUUUUCUGUCUGUAAUAACUAAAGUCAACUUUAAUGGAGUUUUGAAACAUUACUGUGCAAUCUGAUGGAUCUAAUAAAAAAGGCAAUAUUUUUAUAUUAAAGGAUUAUAAUGUGAGAGAAUGUUUCAGAACUCCCUGAUGAAUUUCUAAAUGGGCAACUUGAUAUAAAAUUGUAAUCUUCAGUUGUAUCAAUGUAUCCAGUUACAGAAUGUUACCCACUUACCUUUUUAUUGGCAGAGAAAUGGUUACUCUAGUUUAAUCUCAAGAUUGUUUCCAAGUGUUUUAUAAUUAAAUCAUAACGGCAUAUUCUGAAAUGGAUCUUCCUAAAAGGUCUGCUUUUAUUAUAUAUAGUAUCUAACAAUGGGCACUGGGUCUGUGUUACCUAUUUAUAUUUUUUAUUUUAUUUUUAUAAUGUAGACAUCACCUAGAUGAGACACCUUUGCCCUGUCCUGUAAAAUACUAAAGUUACAUUUCUCACCAACUUAAUUGGAAAGAAGGGGAGUGAGAAAGCAAACAGUCUUUAAUGUGCUGUGGAUCUAAUCUAGCAAUGUGCCCUUGUGCCAACAUGUAAUCAUUAACAACGGAGGAAAAAGCAAGAAAACAGCCAAUCCUUAUAAAAUUCCAGCUUUAAACAUAUGUAAAGUGCUUUUCACCAUAGCAAGACUGUCAGAGUAUACGUGAUUAGGACAUUGCAGAUUUCACACUGAACGAACCUCCCUGCAGAAGAGCUCACUGUUUCUAACAAAUCCGGGCGAUGUAAGCUGUCACUUGUACACAUUUUUAAAAUACUAAUUCUUGCCAAAUAUGAGUCUUAAUGUAUAUGUUCCUUUUAAGAAUUCAGUGAAAGUCCUCUUUGGUUAAUGUAUGAAUAAAUUUCUGUAAAUGUUCUGUUCAGGUUUUUAAAGGAAUGCCAUGAUCUAAUUUAAAACUGCAAGAAGGCUGAUAGGCAUUUUUUGUACUGGUUUUUGAGGCUGGCUCUCCACCUUUGGAUUGUAACAAAAUCAUAAGUCCUCCUUGCACUACUGAGAAAACGUCUAUCGUGACUGGCACACACCCGCUAUUGGUUGCCCUUCUGUAAACAUCUGUCCUUCCAGAAUCUAAAUUGUAGACCAGGAUAGAUGAUGAGCACAGGCUGACUUUCCACUCCCGUUCUUUCCCUUUGGGAAUAUGAACCUCAAUUAAAAGGAAUAAAAUCGUGUAACUAGUAUUUCUCUAUUGUUUUAAAGUGAGAGGUUUGCAAUUAAAGCACUGUGAGCAUUUAUGUAGAAAGGUUGGUUAAGUACACUGCUCUUGUCUUCCAUAUAUGAUUGCUUAAGUUUCAAGUGACCUCAUGCCAAAUGGAAAUGGGUUGAGAAAUCUUGGUUCAGUGCUUAGUGAACAAUAGCCUGCGUUAAAAAGUGCAUGCAUAAUUUUGCACAAUUUAGAUUCAAUUGACAGUCUAUUCAAAGAAGUCUCAGGAUUAAAUGAGCAUGGAGACCAAAUUGCCCUCUUACCCCAGAAAAGGGGUGGUCCCUUCCAGUCACACUAACACUUCAUUGGCCCAAGAGUGUGACAAAUCUUGCAAUGAACCUGCAGUAGCCCGCAUCUGGAGGUUAAUAGCCGUCUUUUGUCUCCUUCGCUUUCUCUUCAUAGCCCUUUUACUGAAUUCCAUCACAGAAAGUUUUACAAUUAAAAAAAAAUGUCCUGACAACCAUUUUUGUAAAUGGACCUUACCAUCUAAUCGUCCCUUAUUCAACGUGGGUGACAUUAACAAAAUGUGAACUUCUGGUGAGAGAGCCAGCUGUCUAAAUCUGUCAAAUUGUGCAGUUUUAUUACACAUUCUCCUGUUCAUAGUUUCACUGAAAACAAUAAGGAUACUGCUAUAUAUUCAGCAAAAUCUGAAAAAUCCAGGGUUUCGCCUUACACACUUAAUCUUUCCAUCUCUUCCAAAAGAAUCAUUCCAAGUGAAAAGGUGUUAUAUUGCCAUCAGUCCUCCUGUUUAAAGAUAUCUAUAUUAAAUUCAGCAGACCCAGACUUUUUACACAGUCCUUUCCCAAGUGAAAGAGUUUCAAAUGUCUUAGAAAAACAUAUGUACCCCAGGUGUCACUGCCUUUUCUUUUGUGAAUCAUUAGAAUAAAAGGCCAAACUCUCUAAAAGAGAAGAUAGCAAGAUCCAUGGAUAUUAAACCUGAGCAAAGAAAGUCAAGUCGUUGUCAUUUCUUUUUGUUCUUGGGAGAGACGUAAAUAGUAAUGGCUAAUUGAUGGCGACAUUAUUUUAAACUCAGUGAUCAUUUCAAAAAAAAUCUUUUGACUUUUUUUUCCAAUCAUAUUUUUAAACUGUGACUGGAGAAUUUUCUUGAAUGAUCCAUGAUAGGCAGAUAGGAAUUGGUUACAAGUAUGAGCCAGGGAAAAGUUAUUGUUCUAUCAUGUGAAUGGCAUCGUCCGCUUGGUUCUGAAAGCACACAAUCAGAAUGGAGAAAAUUAUGUCCUUGGUGUGAAUGUAGAUGUGUGCGAUAAAGAUAAAAUAAAGAAACAGAAACAUUAA